GACAACACAGCAGGACAACACAGCAGGACAACACAGCAGACGUCUGAUGAUGAUGGCAAUGAAGAUCAUCCUGCUCCUCCUCUUCAGCAGCACUGUGUCUGGACUGGGAUCAGUGUUGUGGAAAACCUACCGUUACUAUAAUAGCUACCGAACCUGGGAGAAUGCUCAAACCUACUGCAGGACUCAUCACACUGACCUGGCCCUCUACCAUACGCAGUCAGACAGAGACAGACUGCACUUUUCACAAUAUUAUGCCUGGAUCGGCCUGAACAAAUCUAGUGAUGAUACUUGGACCUGGACUGUUGGAAAUGAGCUCACCAACUUUAAGUAUGGGCCAAACGAGACAAACAACUUGCAUCGCUGUGCUUUCUACUCUCUCCACCAUCGCAGGAUGUUUGCCACCAAUUGUGGAGGAACUAUUUUCUUCAUCUGUCAUGAAGGGGAGGACAACAAAAACUACAGAUUUAUAUCACUGGCCAUGACAUGGUCAGAGGCCCAGCAGUACUGCUUGACUAAGAACAUGGAAUUGGCAGCUUUCCCAAAUGUCUCCAAACUGAACUCAAAUAUCCAUGAGGAGAACUUUCCUGCCUGGAUUGGUCUGCACAGAGAAGAGGGCACAUGGAAAUGGAGCACAGGAGAGUCAGAGUACAAAAACUGGUCACCAAAUCAGCCUGGAGACAACCACAACUGUGCCACCAUCUUCUCUCAGACAAAGCAAAUGUGUCCCAGAGACUGUUCCUCCAGGCUCCCCUUCAUCUGCUUCAGGUACAACCUGAUCCUGGUGAAGGAGAACAAGACCUGGGAGGAGGCCCUGGAGCACUGCCGGGCCAUGGGGAACCCCCAUCGCCAUGAACUGGUCAGCGUGCAGCCCGGAGAAGACCACAAGACUAUGAUUGCCAACAUUGUGGAUUCUGACACUGAGGAGGUUUGGACAGGCCUCCGUUUCUUGGGGGGUCAGUGGUGGUGGGUGAACGGGGCUGACAUGUUGUUCUCUGACCUUCCGGCCUGUCCCGUCAAGUGGGAUUACUGUGGAGCUCUGUCCAAGAACGACAGCGUCAACAUGAAGAACAGAGACUGUUUGGAGAAGAAGAACUUCCUCUGUUACCGCUAUUAGUGCAGACGUCAGGGGGUUGCUCAGGUUCUUCUGGAGCCAGCCUCAAACGGAUCCUCUAUGAACUGCAGUUUUUAGCACUUCUGCAUUGGAUUCAUAUUUUUAGACCGGAGAUUGCCGCUUGGUCCAAACUAGAGUGCCAGAGGGAGAAACAGGCUGCCACGUGUCGAGUUUUGUAAUCCCAUGUGAACAAAACAGAGACUCGUGGGACGACUUGCUUCAAUGUUGAGAAAAAAUGAAAGAAGAAGUUUAAAAAGUCUUGAAAAUGACAAAAUGUUACUUGUAGUUGAGAUUGUAACUGCUAGUUUGCUGUAACAUAUAACCCUGGUGUGUGUGUGGUGUGUGUGUGUGUGUGUGUGUGUGUGUGUGUGUGUGUGUGUGUGUUUGGUGGGGGCAAUAAGGUUACUGUGGCUAGGAAACGGAAAAGUCCCCUUGAGGACUUUUCUCACAUUGACUGUUGUGUCUGCAGUUUAAGGUUGUAGGACAGGGUACAAAAACCCUUCACAGUACCAGAUGAGAUGUGCCAAACGGAGGCUGUGCAGACCACGAUGACAGACCAGAUUUUUCUGAUGAGUAAAUCAGGUUUUUAAAAGUCAUCCCUGAAACUCCUGCAGUCUGAACCCAGCCUCAGAUGUAACUUUGAAACUGUUCAAACUUUCAGAUAAGUUUUUCUUUUCCACUUUAUAUUUGAUAAGUUGUCUCUCUUUAGUGAAGUGACAGUUUUGCAUUACAUUUAAGUACUCAGAAAAAAAAUGACUUGCUGUGAUCUCAAUGUACAAUAAAAUGAGAAUAAACAUUUUUCUUUG